AUGCGCCGCGGCAUUGGAGUUGCACACGUUCAGAGAAAAAAUGAAACGCAGCAGCAGAUGACCGAUUUGGGGGCCCAAAUCACAGCAGAGCGUGUGGGGCAGAUUGCGGACCAACUGGAGGAAUUUGAAAAAACUUUGUGUUCUCUUGCGCGUAAGCACAGGGACGAUAUCAGGGAGGACCCUAUUGUUCGCGCGCGUUUCCGGCAGAUGGCGGAUUCUCUUGGUAUCGAUCUUAUUUCCUCAAAGAAAAACAUUUUUGCGGGUAUUUUGGGUCUCGGGGACUUUUACUAUGGUUUGGCGGGCAAGGUAGUGGAGGCAUGUAUGAAGGAGCGGAAGUUUUGUGGUUCAUACGUUCCAUUGAAUCGUAUCGUGUAUAUUAUGCAACAGCAAUAUGGGUCUAAGGGUAACGAAGGUAGACAAAGUGCUAUCACUGAGGCUGACAUUUGCAUGGCUCUUGAUAAGCUACAUGUGUUAGGAGAGGGCUACAACGUGGUAAAACUUGCUGGUGUGAGUUACAUUCAAACCACACCGGAUGGAACGCGGAGCGCGGACGAUGCACCACUUGUAGACUGCGUGAUGAAGAAGCGUGCGCAGCAGAUUUUGCAUUAUCAAUCUACCAGAGUGAAGAGCGAAAGUGUUUCUAAUAGCGCGGUCCUUGGUGGUGUGACAUCCAGCCGCGUGGGUAUCUCUCGCGCGUUACUGGCCCCCGCUGUUCACCGUGACGCUGUUGAGGUUGAAACAUACGUCGAAAGUGGCACGAAGGAUAUCCCUCUUGCUGUGCAAUGUGUGGCGUUUACGCAAAGCGAACUUGAAUCUCGUCUGAUGUGGCGGCCUCACCGUGUUCAGGCUGUACUUGAACGGAUGCUGCAGAACGGGUCAGUGUGGAUUGAACAGCCGUCAACGGUUCGAAGUGACAAUAAGGAAGAGGUGUCGCGACAAGGAGUGAAGCGAGCGAAAAAGGCGCAGCAGGCGGAAACAGUGUACUGGUUCAUCAUUGUUUCAGUUCUCACUGGAUCCUCCAUGUGA